AAAAAAAGCAGGGUGCUAAUAAACAGCCUACCGGCGAUAGAAGGCGACCCUGAAGAAAUACCGGAACAGAGAAAACACGGGAAAGAUCAUAAAGAAAAGAAACUAAUAUGGUUUAAUAAGUGGAGGGACACCUUCAUCAACGAAAACACUGCAAACUAUAACAUCGACUAA